UUAUUGCAGGAACUUUUAGGCUCAGUUUUGGCUUUUUAAAAGGUGAUUCUCCAGAGGUCAUCCGAGGAACCCCAUGUGUAGUUUUUUAUUAUUUAUGUUAUGUUUUACCUAUCUUUUGACCUUUAUUUAUCCUCAGUUCUCUGCAUGAUGACAAUCUCCAUCGCGUGAAAAGGGAUGAGUGGCCACAAAUGCAAAGGCAGGGAAUGAAUGAGCUCUCUCCUGGGACUCUGUCUUUUUGCUCAGGGUGGCAGGUUUCCCCCUCCACCACCGCCCCUGCGUCAGAUGAUGCUCGCGGUCUGUGUCUAUAAAAGAUGCCGGUGUGACAACCCGACCGGCACUCUCCUUCUCUCUUUCUCUGUCUUCCCACAUCCACACACUUCACUCACUCGGUCUGUGAUCUUGAGCAUUUCAGCAUGAGUUAUUCCGGCGACAUGUACACGAGCAGCUCAUACAGGAAGAUUUUUGGAGAUGCGCCACGGCGCGUCCCCGUGGGCAGCAGCCCGUCCCGGGUGAGCUACCGCUCCGCUCCGCAGCAGCAGCACCACCACCACCGCACCUACGGCUCUCCAUCCCCCAUGAUCACAUCCUCCAGUUACCGGACCAAACUCGGAUCCGGCCGCGGCGUCGGCUACCAGACGGACGCCGUAGACCUGACGCAGACCACCGCCGUCACCAACGAGCUGAAGAUCAUCCGCACCAACGAGAAGGAGCAGCUGCAGGGCCUGAACGACCGCUUCGUGACGUUCAUCGAGAAGGUGCACAACCUCGAGCAGCACAACAAAGUUCUGGAGGCGGAGGUCGCGCUCCUGCGCCAGCGCCACAACGAGCCGUCGCGCCUGCACGACCUCUACGAGCAGGAGAUCCGCGAGCUGCGCGGCCGCGUCGAGGAGAUGACCCACGAGAAGAGCCAGAUGCACCUGGAUUGCGUGCAGAUGAACGAGGCGCUGGAGCGCGUCAAGGAGAAGCUGGACGAGGAGACCCGGCUGCGGGAGGAGGCCGAGAACAGCCUGAAGGGAUACCGCAAGGACGUGGAUGACGCCACGCUGUCCCGCCUGGAGCUGGAGAAGAAAGUUGAGUCCCUGCUGGAUGAGAUCGCGUUCCUCAGGAAAGUGCACGAGGAGGAACUGCAGGAGUUACAGGCGUCGAUUCAGGCCACCCAGGUGUCUGUCGAGAUGGACGUCAGUAAGCCUGACCUUGCCGUGGCCCUGAAGGACAUCCGUGCCCAGUACGAGACUCUGUCUUCCCGGAACCAGCAGCAGGCGGAGGAAUGGUACCGCUCCAAGUUCGUCAGCGUGACGGAGGCGGCGGCGCGCAACAACGACGCUCUGAAGCAGACCAAAGAUGAGCUGUCCGAGUACCGUCGGCAGCUGCAGUCCCGCACCCUGGAGAUCGAGUCCCUGAAAGCCCAUAAUGAGUCCUUAGAGAGACAGCUGGCAGAGAUGGAGGACCGCCACAACAACGAGAUCGGCGAGAUGCAGGACACCAUUCAGGAGCUGGAAUCUGCUCUUCGGAGCACAAAAGGUGAGAUGUCCCGCCACCUGCGGGAAUACCAGGACCUGCUGAAUGUCAAGAUGGCACUGGACAUUGAGAUCGCAGCCUACAGGAAGCUGCUGGAAGGUGAGGAAUGCCGUCUGAGCUCUGUGAGCGGAGCCAUGCUGCAGUCCGCCUACUCUUAUCCAUCGAGCCGCACUUAUGCCCUGAGCUCCUACAGGAGGAGCGUAGCCAAACCUGAGACAGAGGAAGAGGAAGAGGAGGAAGAGCAGGUAGAGGAGGAGGAGGAGAAGGAAGAAGGAGAGGAGGGAGCAGAGGAGGCCGAGGAAGGAGAAGAGCAGGAGGAAGGAGGCGAUGAUGAGGAGGAGGAGGAAGAGGAGGAGGAAAAGAAGGAAAAGGAGGAUGAGAAGAAGGAAAAGGAAGAAAAGAAGAGUCCAAAGGAGAACGAGAAGGAGAAAGAGAAAGAAAAGGAGAAAGAGAAGGAAAAGGAGAAGAAGAGCGAUAGCAAGGCAGAUAGCAAGAGUGAAAAGGGGGACAGUAACAAAGGCGAAAAGGCCGCCGCGGUUAAGAGCAAGUAAAGCUGCGUAUCAUCACUGCUUCCGUCACAUCCGUCUGGACACAUCCCUCCAUCACGUCAAACACACCUCAUCUUCACUUUCAUUUCACAACGUUUGGCUGAUUUCACCUGCUGAUGCAUCAGGAUAUCUGCGCGAAAGCAUCGAGUCGGUAACAAAAGCACUGAAACGGAUGUUUUCGUAUAGCACUAUUAUACAGAAACAGAUUCAACAAGGUCUAUGCAGAGCGUAUAUUUGCAGUAGUUCACCCAAAAAUGACACUUUUUGUUGUCAUUUCUUAGUUUCGAUUUGUCAUACAACAGAAGUGGAUGCUUUCAAGCUUUCCAAAAAGCACCAUAAAAAUGUCAGAAAGAUUGUCCAUGCAAUUCUGUAUUUCAAGUCUUCAAAAGUCACAUGGUUUAUUUAUGACAGAAAUCCUAAAACUUUGAAAUCAUGAGGUCGUGUUAGGAUUGGUAAUGUAAUAGCCAAGUGCAAUAGUGCGCUAAAAAGUGAUUUGUGACCUCAUAUGGACCACUAUUAGGCACCUUUCACACAGAAUAUGUUUUUGCAUCAUAUUGUUUUACGUAAACUUGCACUAGAUGGACAAUGCAUGACGCAGUGCCCUAAAAACGCAUUGCUCAAAUUAAACGAACCGUGCUUUGUAUUUCUUUUCCCCUUGCAUCAUACGUUUUUAAAUACAAAAACAAUGUUCUGUGUGAAUCGCACCUUUCUGUGUACCUUUUUGGGCACUGUGCACUUCUUUUGUAUGGAAAAGAGGAACUGUUAGGCCCUGUCCCAAAUGGAGUGCUUCAUAUGCACUUUAUGUCUUGUGGACUUACAAUGGCUGCUGCAUAACCACUUUGGAUUUUAGGAUUAAGAAGGGUGUUCCACAAGACCACAAGUGUUAAAGGUGCCAUUUGGGACAUGGCCUUAGUCUAAGCUACUAGGGUUGUCCAAACUCAGUCCUAGAGAGUUUAGCUCCAACUUACUGCAACACACCUGCCUGGACGUUUCUAGUGUGCUUAGUAAGACCUUGGUUAGCUCGGUUCAGGUGUGUUUAUUUUGGGUUGGAGCAAUGGCCCUCCAGGAGCAGGAUUGGACACCCCUGGUCUAAGCUAUUCUUUGUGACAAUAAUACAGAAAGAUUAGAUUAAAUGAUGACAAAAUGUUCAUUUUCGUGUCAAGACGGCAAUUUAAGUGCAGAUCAGAUGGCCCCAUUCACACCUGGUGUUCAUUAGUAAUGCAGGACAGCACAAAGGAAGGUGAUGCCAUCAAGGCAAAAUGAACUGGUUCCAACCUCUCGGUGCUAUUUGAUUUAAAAAAUAAGUGAGUUUGGACUUUGGAAGAGGUAAUUAUUCACAGAGCAACAGCAUAUCCAUUAUAUAGAGCUUCACUCAAGUCUUGAAUGUAUGUCAUGAGCCAAGCACAGGAACAGGCCACAUCUCCUGUUUUUUCCAGCGAUAUUAGGGCAUCUAUACCCACGUGAACGAAAUUGUCCAAGCUCAUUUCAUUAAGUUCACUCGUAGGGUAAAGAAUGUUCAUUCACCUUCUCAUGCAAAGCAUGCAUCAUUUUUUAACUUUAAUGAAUGCAUCCGGCCAUCCCUUCAUGGUUUCCGCAAUUGCAAUGGUCACAGCACGGCAAACGUGGCGGCAUGGAGUUCAUCAUGUUUGGUGGGAUUAAAGAUCAAAUAUUUAUGGAUUGCUUGGGGAGGGUUUCAAUGUUUAGAUUUUGGAGAGAGGAGUGCAACUGUAGUGUGGGAAAAUCCUUCUGCAAUUUAGAUUCUGACGCUUUAGACGACGACUGCUGCUAAAUAUCCCUCUAUUCCUUAUUGUGUUCAAAAAUGACCUCCUCUUGAUUGAUUCAUUCGUGAUGGAGCAGAUCUCACUGUUUCUGAAGUAAAUCUUCCUCUGUCUUCAUUUCUC